AUGUAUGUGAAAUGGUUUGAUACAGUAAUGUUUUUACUAUGUGAUUUUAGUGAUUUUAGUGAAUGUCACUUUUUGUCAUUUUUGAAUUUCCCACCGUUCCAUCCCCCGUACGUCCCGACGCUCACAGGGGACGGAACCCAGAUGACAGAUGCCGGCAUCCGCCGGAUUACAUUGUCGGGGACACUGCAGGAGGGACAUCGUGGGGAGCGCAGGACAAGGUAAGUGAUACAGGGAUCGUGGUGCAGCGCCGCAUGGUAUGCCCGAGUGUAGCUCGGGGUUACCGCUUGUGCUACACUCGGGAAUACCGCCAGGGAGGUUAAGCU